AAUUUCGUGAUGGGUUACUGAGGGAUCUCAUUCAGUUCCCCAAAUCUCUGCCUGCUCCUUAGCUGCCAUUUCAGUUUCUCAAUCCAGAUCAAGCAGCCGGUACAUCUCGGAGCUGCGCCUGUCAUUCUAGAUUGCAGCUUUUCCACAUCUCAGGCCAGAGACCCUGCACGGCGACCUGGCCCCUUUCAGGAACAACAGAACCCGUGAAAGCAGCAGGCGUUGGAAAGCUAUUCACUGCAGGAAGCCCCGGCAUCCGGUGAGAAGCAAGAAGUAGGAGGCACAGGAUGCGCCUUGGGUCAGGGGUACGCUAGCGACAGCAGCCUCCGUAUCAGAGCUGCUGGGGCUCCACACUCAGUGCCCCGGGGAGCACAGCUGGGAGCCGGGGUCCAAGCUCCUGCGGUUGCUGUGGUCACUGUGGGGCUUCUGGCCUCUUGCGACGGAAAAUUGGAGGCAGGAUGGCCGGCCCCAGGGACUUUUUCCUGCUGCUACUCCUGGGCCAGCCCUGGGCAGCGGCCGCUGCCCAUACUGCAGAGGCAGCGGCGGAGGCUGUGGUAUGCUCAGGGACCGCCUGCUACACUGCCCACUGGGGCAAGCUGAGCGCAGCUGAAGCCCAGGACAUCUGCAGCCAGAAUGGGGGCAACCUGGCCACGGUGAAGAGUGAGGAGGAGGCCCGGCUCAUUCAGCGCUCCCUGGCCCAGCUCCUGAGGUCGCGGGCACCCCUGGCAGCGAGGAUGGGCAAGUUCUGGGUGGGGCUCCAGCGUGAGAAGGGCAAGUGCUUGAACCCUGAGCUGCCGCUGAAGGGCUUCAGCUGGGUGGGCGGCGGGGAGGACACAGAGUACACAAACUGGCACAAAGAACUCAAGAGCUCCUGUCUCUUCCGGCGCUGCGUGGCCCUGAUACUGGACUUGUCUGAGAUCCCCCAGCCUGGCCGCCUCCUCAAGUGGACUGAGGGCCCCUGCGGGUCUUAUGGCAACCCAGGAAGCAGCACCGAGGGCUUUGUGUGCAAAUUCAGCUUCAAAGGCAUGUGCCGGCCUCUGGCUCUGGGGGGCCCAGGCCAGGUAAACUACAGCACCCCUUUCAGGGCCACUGCCUCCUCACUGGAUGCUGUGCCAUUUGCUUCCUUGGCCAGCGUGGUCUGUGAAGCUGGGGCUGAGCAGCGGGGCUAUGAACUGGUGUGCAGGGAGAAGGUGACCAACGUGUUCGACUGGGGCAACACCGGGCCCCUGUGCAUCAACCCUGAGCUUGGCUGCAGCUUCAGCAACGGAGGCUGUGAGCAGGACUGCUUCGAGGGGGGCGCUGGCUCCUUCCGCUGUGGCUGCAGGCCUGGCUUCCGUCUGCGGGAUGACCUGGUGUCCUGCGCCUCUAGGAACCCGUGCAGCUCUAGCCCCUGCAAGGGGGAGGCCACCUGUGUCCUUAGCCCCCAGGGGGACAGCUACACGUGCCACUGCCCCCAUGGCUACCAGCUGGAUGCAAGCCAGCUGGAUUGCAUAGAUGUGGAUGAGUGCCAGGAUGAACCUUGUGCCCAGGAGUGUGUCAACACGGAUGGGGGCUUCCUCUGCGAGUGCUGGGUGGGAUACACACCUGGUGGCCCUGGAGAGGAGGCCUGUGUAGACGUGGACGAGUGUGCCUUCGACCCUGUGCCCUGCACCCAGCACUGCACUAACACCCCUGGCUCUUUCCACUGUUCCUGCCAGCCGGGCUAUGUGCUGUCUGGGGAGAACGCCACCCAGUGUGAGGAUGAGGACGAGUGCGCGGACCCCGUGGGCAACCCCUGCCGUGGCCCAUGUUCCAACGUGCCGGGCUCCUUCCGCUGUGGCUGCCUGGAAGGCUGGAUGCUGGCUCCCGACGGGCUCUCCUGUGUCCCGGACCCUGCGUCCUCAGCAUCCCCGGCUGGGCUCCUGCCAGAGGAUGAGCAAGCUGGAAAGUGGGGCACAGCGACUCCCACCACCAUGCCCCACAGCAUGACCACUUCCACCAGGGGCUCUGAGGAUUUCUCCACAGGGACAUUCUCCAUGGGGAGGGCGUCCUUGUCCUCCGAUGUCCCCACCUCCUCUGCCCACCCCAAAGUGCCAACCCCCAGCCGGAGCCCUGGCCUUGGCACGGAGCCGGGCACCCCUUUGUCCAAAGGUGCUGCUGGCCAUGGCCAGCCGAUGGGUGAGGACUCUGUGGCCUCUCCCAGCGAGGACAGUGAGGAUGGGCAGAGUCUGCUGCUGUUCUACAUCCUGGGUACAGUGGUAGCCAUCUCCCUCCUGCUGGCCCUGGCUCUAGGGCUCCUGGUCUGUCGCAAGCGGAGAGCCAAGAGGGAGAUAAAGGAGAAGAAGUCGCAGAAUGCAGCUGACCGUUACGCCUGGGUCCCUGAGCGGGCUGAGGGCCGUGAGAAUCAGUACAGUCCAACACCUGGGUCAGACUGCUGAAGGGGAGAUGGCCCAGGACACGUCCGGUCUGCUGCCAUCACCCCCAGAGGGAAGAGAAGACCACACCUCCGGAAGCCUGGAUGACCCAAUGCCUUCCCCACAAGGCCUGUGGCUUGGGAGGUGCAGGUAUUUUCUCCACGUCAGAGAUAUUUUCUGUGUCCCCCUGUGACCUUGGGGACUUUGUGAACACAAACGGUUCCCAUGAAAUCCUCCUUUCCAAAUUCAGAUGCAGCUGACUCUCUUUCUCCCCUGGAUUUGGUGGGGCCAGGAGCCAGGUCCCAAGGGCUCCCUUUGCCCCUGUGUGCUCCUGUCCUCCAAGCGGAGAGUGGCGGCUGGUGCGUUAGCACUGCAACGUGUGGGCAGCCCUGUCCCUUGAUGAUCUGACUGCACAAGAAGCCCCGUGCUGCCAGAGGGAGCUUACUCAGACUGGAACCAGCUCUCUCUGUCUGUAUCCGUUCUGCCUGCUCAGCCCCUUGGCGCAGCGGAAACCUUCAGAAUGGCCGGAAGUAAGAUCCCUGCUCCAUGAAACAGGAAGUAUAGACGUGCAUCCUCUGGUUCUUAAGUUUCCUGUAGUCUUGGGUUUAUUUGUAAGUGAGGUUGGAAAAAUAUUAUAAAAAUUGCUUGAAGGAAUGGAGGGCUUGGUGUAAGCACGACAUGUAAGGGCCGGCAGAGCUUGCUUCAUCUGCGCAGAUGGAGAUGAAUAUGCUGGAUUAUGGAAAAGCCAGGGCAGCUUAGGCAGCAUGGCCUGCUGUGGCUCCCACUGCUCCUGCUCAAGGCAGGCUGAGCAGAACACAAAUGGAUCUGUGCAGCUGUGCUUUUGAAUUGUUUUAUCACAGGGCAGAGGAGAGAUUAUACCUGCUGGGGUUCAGUCCUAUGGAUGCUCAGGGAUCCUUCAUCUCUCUUUGCCUUAGGGGUUGGGAAAGGAAGGGAGUGGGAAAGAGAGAAUAAAUAACACCCUUUGUAACACA